UGAAAAUAGCAAUAAUUGAUUAAAAAUAUUGUAUUGUGUACUUUUAUUUCAAAAUAAUGAUUUCAUGAACAACUGCCAAAAAAUGCAUAGUAUUAGUUGUAAGGAUGUUCAGAGUAGUGACCCGCUUAGCUUAGCUUAAGGUGUUAGGUAAAGUGGGACAGUGGCUGUCUAUUAAUGUGGGACACUUCAAAGCAUUUUUCAUGAAAUAUGAUCGUUUAUCAUCAUACAUAACCUAUUAUGUCAUGGAUCAUGUCAUAAGCCUGAUGUUUUCUAAGAGUCCCAUUGUAGCUAUGCUAGGUGAAACUGGAUGCUAAUAUGAUGUGCAAUGAUGCUCUUCUGCUGUCUGAAGUUUGAAUUUGAACUUAUAAAGAUCAACUUUAUUUGGAGGCUGUAGGAUGAAUGACAGAUGACAACACUAGAUGCAAUAUGACACUGUUUGGGGCAAUUAUAACAACUGUUAUGAUAUAAAAUACUAAAUGUAUGACAUUCUUAACCUUCUAGAUAUAACUAGAGGUAGAAUAAUUUGUACCUUUAGUUAUAUCUAGAAGGUUAAGAAUGUGUUAUUGCUAUUUUGAUAGAUUGAUUGAUGGUUUUACUGGCACAGUAUGCUGGCACAUUCACUAUAAUGCAAAACUACUCCAUUUCGUUUUUGAAAUAUAAUGACAUAUAAUAAUGAAAUAUAAACUUGUUUUCAUGACAAAUUUAUUUAAACAUAUAUUAAAUAAUUAAGACAUUACUAACAGGUAAAGUAAAUAUAAUGAAUAUAUAAGCUAAUAUAGUGUAUAUAUAGUGAAAUGCUUCAUUUCUCUAGUGAACUAAAAUGCUGUGGACACUGAAUGACUUGCCUGAGGUAAAUGUAAUGCUGCGUGAGAUAUUAUUCUCAAGCUGUUUUAUUGAUGUCUUUCUGCGGUUGAAACACUGGUUCAGAGAUUACACGUAAACAUAUCUGUGCAUAGAUUGUCUGUCCUUCUUCUGCGAUUUUUCCUGUUGUGACGGUUAGCAAACAGUGUUGCAUUACUGCACACGCCCCCUUCUGGAUUGGAGUGUGGAUUGCCUGUCACUGACUGUAUUCGUCGUCAGACUGUAUGCACCGAACUGUGACACCCAUACCAUGACGAAAAAUGGCACCUAACCCAAAGCAGUCAGGAAAACGGCAAGAUGAAAGAGAGCUUAAAGGAAGAAAAGGGCUGAAGAUGAAUCAGUGGAGAGAGGACCAAAUGAAAGCUGCAAUCGAGGAAUAUAAAGAGCAGGUAGAGUCGGGGAGGCCUGCGCUGCGAUUGCUCGCAAGGAAGUGGAACGUGCCGAAAACAACCCUUCAAAGACGCGUGAAAGGGCUUGUUGAGGGAUCUGAGCAUGCCUCUGGAAGAAAGCCAUUCAUCCCUGUUGAAUCAGAGCGGGAGUUAGCGCGUCUUCUCACCUUGCUUUCACAGAGAGGCUUCUCGUUGAGGAGGACUGAUGUUCAAUCAUUUGCUUUUGAGUUUGCCAAGAUAAAUGGCAUCCGAGGGUUCUCAGAAGAGAAGCAAAAGGCGGGCUAUUACUGGUUUGAGGGCUUUAUAAAGCGAAACCCAGGGCUGAAGAUAAAGAAACCAGGGGCUAUAUCACCAGCUACAAGGAUGAAUGAAGAAGAGCUGGGAACAUGGUUCAGAAUGUAUGAAAUCACCCUUGAUGCCUUGGAAAUUAAAGACGUCCCUUCACAUAUUUGGAAGUGUGAUGUAUCAGGACUACAAGACGACUUCUCCUCUCAGCAAUAUGUCGGGGAAGGAGAAGAGCCCUGCUUUCAGAUCAGAGCUGAGGAGGAAGAGGAAACUGCCUCCACGGUACUAGCAGCAUUCAAUGCCAGUGGUACAUUUGCUCCUCCACUUAUCAUUUUUAAAGAAAAUAGGGUGAGAAGUGAGUGGUUGAACGAAUCCCUGGAAAAUGUGUGCGUGAGAAUGUCGAAUAAUGGCUGGAUAACAUCAGAGCUGUUUGUUGAGUGGGGCGAAAUGUUUGUGGCACAGCUUCCAAAAGAUGAUGCCAGGCCCCACCUUCUGCUCCUCGAUGGCCAAAGCAGCCACGUAUUCAACCUCGGCUUUUACAAUCUCAUGAACCAGAACAAUGUGGAAGUCAUAUGCUAUCCUGCACUGCAACCGGCAAACAGAGCUCUGUUCAGGAGUCUCAAACACAACUGGUGUGAAGUGAGUCGCAAGUGGAAUCAGCAAUGUGCAGGCGUGAAGUUCCCCAAAGCACAUUAUUGCUCUGUUUUCACAGAAGCGUGGAAGACGACUGCCACUGUGGAAAGAGCCCAGGAUGGGUUCAGGACAACGGGGAUGUACCCAAUAAAUGAGCUGGCCUCCAUUGAGCAUGAACCUCCUCCUGCCACCCUGUCCCGUUUGGAAAGUACCACGCCGCCCACUGCACAUUGCAGCACAGAAAGUGGCUCUGAUGUGCUUUCAGCUGUUGAAGCGGCAUCAUUCAAAGACUUUGUGGUCAUACAAAAAUGUAACAGGGGUAUAAAGACACCCAGAGCCAAGACAAUACCACAUUUCCACAGAAACACAGAACACCUUCUUUAUAAUGAACAUUUAAAACAAAAAACAUUUAAAACUCCCUAUAAAUGCAGGGGUUGUUUCAUAAACCACAGCGCAGAUGAUGAUCCAAAAGCUUCUGAAGCAUGGAUCAGAUGCAGCAACUGUAAGGCCUGCUACCAUGAGUCUUGUGCCGACGAGGAUGGGAUUUAUGAAUGGGUUUAUGAUGUAGAUGGUGAUAAUUGAUCAACUGAAGCAUGGAACGAGCAAGAAAAAAUGAAUCACAGAAUGUAUGAUUCCUGGAAAUACUAAUCUUUGAUCAUUUUUCAGUCUAGUGGCGUUAAGCUCGUGCUGUGAAAAUCAGCUUUUAAGAUCGAAUGGACUGUCACAGCCUUGUUUUCAUUUGUUUCAAAUUAAAUUAAUUAAAUUGACUAAGGUCCAUUAAUGUUUGGACAUACCUUACAUAGUCAGUAUUCUGUUUUCAGUCUUUUAAGACGUAACUGACAAGGAGUAAUAAACGUUUUUUUGCACUGUA